AUGGUUAACCCACCUCUAUCCGGUACGGGUGGCAUCUAUCUCGGGAACCAGAUCCUCUCUCCCUUCGACCAACCCGGCCCCGUAACUCGUUCUAGGUCUCGGUCGCGCAAUGAGACUUUACUCACUGGAACCGACGACAAAACCCCCCAUCGUCUACCUUUCAGCUCAAUUGAUUCAAACUCCUGCGCCUCUAGCUCUAGCACCACCUCCUCGGCCCGCUCCGACACAUCCGGUUACAACCAGGGCCGCGAGGGGACACCGAUUACGCCCCCAUCAGAUUAUGGUGAGGAUGUGAAAGGUCUUGAAGCACCGUCAUAUGCUGCCGAUUCGAGGGGGGUUCCGACAUUCUUGUUGCCCCGCAGAGGCUUGAUUUGGGAUAGCUCUGGCGACUCCAAUCGUUCGAGAGAGGUCCCGCGCCCUUCGACGCCGCAGUCUACAGAAGAGGAUGAGGAUCCAUGGUAUAUUGGAUCUACGAGCGCUGUUACCCAAGGACUUGGUUUUGUGGAGAAACACGACGAAUCGCCGACCGUACGGAGAGUGAGGACGUUUAAUCUCAAGAAGCUAGCCGACGCAGCUAAGGCGGCUAAAUCUGCCGAAGCUGCCGAAGCAGCUGAAGAAGCCGGAGAAAUUGACGAAGAUGAACGCAUUGCUGGUAUUUCCGAGGCUCUCGGAGCGUUAUGUUUAGAUAGCGAGAACAACAACACGGAAUCCACAGAAGAACCCGAAGGAAUCGAUGAGGCGGUCCAAGAACCCAAGGAAACCGAGGAAGCCGUAGUCAGUGGCGCUUCCCACGGACCCCAGCCGGAACAGCAACAGCAAACAUCCUUUGUCGCGGUAGACUCUUCUUCUUCAUCAGGGGAGGAUAGGGUGUCCAGCUUUCCUAAUUCCGAAACAGCAGUGCUUCCUAGAGAAGUUGACGAGCAAUUAGAUAUUGCUAUCACGCUAACUACUAGGUCCCUAAUGCCUACUUUGAUUCCUAAUAACACUAUAGAGUUAGCUUUAGACGAUGGGCUAGAUGCUAUAGCUAGCUUAGACGUUAAUUAA